GGUGAGUCUGUUACAAUUAAAGAAGAGAAAGACAUUUCAGUUAAAGAAGAGGAAGACGCGUUCAGAGUGAAAGAGGAAGUUACAGUAAAGGAAGAGGCGUUCAGAGUGACAGUUAAAGAAGAGAAAGACGUGUUCAGAGUGAAGGAGGAGGAAGAUGCAGUUUUUGGAGUUUUUGGAAUGAAAGAGGAAGAGGGAGAGAUGACUGUCACAUCGAAGAAGGAAGAAGAGGAGGAAACUGGAUAUCUGGGCCCGGUUUCCCAAACGCAUCUUAAGGCAUCCAAUGGUUCUAAUGAUGAACGUGCACUGAUUAACACUCGAGAGAGAUGUGACUAUCGUGGAUCCUCUGGGGAGCCUCAACAACAUAAUGAUGCUGACGAGGCAGAGAAGAGUCUCUCCACAUCAGAACACCUAAAGAAACACCAGCGGAGACCCACAGGAAAGAAACCUCAUUGCUGCUCUGACUGUGGGAAACAUUGCAAAUAUUCAUCAGACCUUAAAAUAGACCAGCGUGUACACACAGGAGAGAAAUCUCACGACUGUUCAGAUUGUUCAACAUCACAGAUUUUGAAGCUGCACCAGAGAACAGGAGAGAAAUCUCAUAGUUGUAAUCAAUGUGGGAAGAGUUACUUAAGGUUAAAAUCACUAAAAGUACACAUGAGAAUUCACACUGGAGAGAAACCUUAUAGCUGUGAUCAAUGUGGAAAGAGUUUUGUUCAAUCUAGCGAUCUGACAGUACACCAGAGAACACACACUGGAGAGAAACCUUUUAGCUGUGAUCAAUGUGGGAAGAGUUUUAUUGCAUCUAGCAAUCUGACUAUACACCAGCGGACACACACAGGGAGAGAAGCCUUAUAGCUGUAUCAUGUGGGAAGAGUUUUAUUACAUCUAGCCAGCUGACUUCACACCAGCGAGUACACACAGGAGAGAAAUUUUACCACUGUUCAAAUUGUUGGAAAAGCUUUUCAAACAUCACAGACGUUGAAGCUGGGCACCAGAAACACACACAGGUGAGAACCUUACAGCUGUGA